CACAACGAUAUAAAAGGAAUCCAAAUUCUCCUUCUUUUAGUUUACACAAAAGUACGUACAAAUUUGCAAGCCGUCAUCAUGCUCAAUCUGCCCGCUUUCGUUUGCGUUUCACUCCUCGCCGUCUCUUUUGGCCGUGUGGAGGCAGUAGCAAUGCGGUCGCCGAGAAGUUUAACUACGUUAGCGCCAAGUUUGAUCAACCCCAAGGUGAAAACAACCGUUGCUUCCGCCGCGGCGGCCGCAGUUUGUCCAGCGCCAUCCAUCUGCAACAGUAGAAACUGCUGUUCGUACUACUGCAACACGGCGACUGAUCCUUGUCUCAUGAUCACUGGGAAACCAUUCUGCGUCGACGCAGUGAAUGGGCCUUAUAAUGCGCCGACCUGCACGGAAACCAGGUGCCUCGGCUGCGCCGUGAACUCCAUUCCGUGCGGAAAUUUAGAUUGUGCUACGAUUGUCGCGCCCGCUAUGGUGUGCGACUUUAGCAGCAUUAGGGGGCCCCUACCGCAAGUGGGAUAGAUCAAAAAGUUAAUUAAGACGUUUAUUAUUCUAAUAAAUAAUUAGGACAAGUUCAUGGAAAUAAAAAGGCUAAAGUUACUAAGGUCUGUUCAUAAAAAAUAAGAUCUAAUUUUGUGUUUGGUACGGUGAAAUCGGUAUUUUCUAAAUAAACUGGCCUUAAUUAUUGUAAAAAGUAAAUAUUGUAAACUAAAUUGGAUUUCAUAAAAGUAUUUCGUACCAUUAUUUCAUCCUAGAUAAUGAAAAUUAAAGUUCAGCAUAGUAAAACGCUAGGUUUCUAAAAUAUAAAUAUGUAUAUACUUAUAUUCACAUUUCUCCAACCAAUUUUCCUGGUUAUCCAGAAUUUUAAAAUUUUGAAAAUAUUUUAUGGUAAAAUUAAAAAUGUUAGCUGUAACUUUAGAAUAAAGAUUUUUAUUUCAGUUAU